AAAAUUUUUUUUUUUUUCCUUUCUUCAGUUUCUCCGUCAACAAAAGUUCUCUUCUCUUUCAGAUUUUCAAGGGUCCUAGAAAAUUAGAGCUUUUAUCACAUUAAUGAAAAAAGCAUCCACUAUGAUUUGCUCUGUUUCAAUACAAAAAUAACAGAGGAAAUACGAAAAGAUGCAAAAUUAACUCUCUACUUCUCUCGGUACUUAUGGACACGCAGAUUCCAAUUUCCACCCCGUUGAUUUUUGCGUUUUCUCUGCAGGAUAUGUAUUUGGAGAUCGGACUUAAUAAUAUGCAAGGGUCUGAGACAUGCCUUUGAUAAGGACUAUUCUCAUAAUGCAAUGGUAAUCUGUGUGAGAGACAUAUGCAUUUGUUUUUGAAGGAAAUGAUAUAUAAAAGAGACAAAAGAGGCCAGAUUGAUGUGGAGAAGGAUGCUAAGUGUGACCAUUGCUGGGGAAAGAUGGUUGAGAAGAAGGAAUUGUUUGCCAUCUGGGAUCAGGGUGUUAUGUACAUUGAAGACUGAUCAUGCCUAUCGUAGUUUGAAAUCUCCUUCCCUUGUUUCUCUUGAUAUUCCUGACAUAUGGGAUUCAAAUAUUGUCUGUUCUGAUUUUCACUCUUUCCAAGCUAGUUUCAACAGAAAUAUGGGUAGAAGAAUAGAUGGAUUGUUGGUUGCUAAGGAAAUUAGAUUUGGCAUAGCAACUGAAGUUAGUAGGAUGAAGGCUUCUAUUGGUGAAGUACCGGGAUUGGCUGUAAUACUGGUUGGUCAGAGAAGAGACUCUCAGGUUUAUGUUCGUAACAAAAUAGCUGCCUGUGAGGAGGUUGGAAUUAAGUUUGUACUGACUGAAUUGCCUGACAACUGUACAGCAGAUGAAAUUUUGAAUGCAUUGACUGGCUUUAAUAAGGAUUCAUCUAUUCAUGGUAUUCUUGUGCAGCUUCCUUUGCCUCGACAUUUGGACGAGGGGAGAAUUUUGGAUGCAAUAAGACUUGAGAAGGAUGUGGAUGGCGUCCACCCUCUGAACAUGGGUAAUUUAGCUAUGCAUGGGAGAGAACCCCUGUUCAUCCCAUGCACACCAAAAGGGUGUGUUGAGUUAUUGCUGAGAUCUGAUGUAGAAAUAAUGGGAAAGAGAGCUGUGGUGAUAGGGAGGAGCAAUAUUGUUGGGUUACCAGCAUCCUUGCUGUUGCAGAGAUAUCAUGCCACAGUGAGUAUCGUGCACCCCUUCACCAAGAACCCAGAAAAUAUAGCCCGUGAAGCUGAUAUUCUUGUUGCAGCUGCUGGAGUGCCCAAUGUAGUCCGUGGAAGUUGGAUAAAGCCUGGGGCAAUUGUUAUUGAUGUUGGAACAAAUCCAAUUGAAGAUCCCAGCUGUGAAAAUGGUUAUCGGCUUAUUGGAGACGUUUGCUAUGAAGAAGCUGUGAAGGUAGCUUCGGCAGUCACUCCUGUCCCUGGAGGAGUUGGCCCGAUGACAGUUGCAAUGCUUCUAUUCAACACGCUUGAAUCUGCUAGACGUGCGCUAAGCUUCAUUUAGAAUGAGCUGCGCAUGAAUCCUUGGAAAUGUUUGUUAUCACAUAUGGCCUGUUUUGGGAAUCUUUGUUCUUGUUGUAUUAUCUCAGCUUUUAAUUUUUUCUUUUCUUUUUUUUGAUUAAGCAUCUCAGCUUUAAGUUAUGAUUGAAGUUGUUUAAUAUGAUCAGAUUUGAUCAGCAAAGGGAUUAGCACGAAAGAAUAGAAGUACAAUCAAAUUUAUCCUGCUCAAAAUUUUGUAUGACAUAUAUUACCAGUAAGACUGUAAUUGGCUUCUGACAUUAAUACAAUCAAGUUUUGCUCUUGCAGCGUCC